ACAGCAGAACUGCAGCUGGUGCUGCUGCCACAGAAGUCACUUCUCUGAGGAAAGCCAACACAGGACAAUGGAAUAAAAAUUUGCUUGCCCAGCUAAAAUGACUGUAUUUUUAGCCUGAUUUCUGGCACAGCUUAUGGUAUUUAGAAGGAAAAUGUACACAAAACAACUGCAAUGGGAAAUAAAUCAUGAAAGUUGACGUGAUUUUGGGACUAAUUCUGUACUGUGUCUGAAGUGUCAAAGAAUUAGCAUUAGAGAGAUGCAUUCAUAUGCUUACAAACCCCACACUGUAAUUCAGCCAUAUGGUUCAUGGACUAUAGCAUGUUGUCUAGUAACAUUCAUUUUCAUUGCACAAUGUUUAUUGGGGAUUUGAUUAAAUCUUGCUCUCUAUCUGGAAGGAAUGCAGGUAUAUGUGUGCUUACACUUUUCCACACGUGCUGAAAGGGAAGCACACAAAAAACCACAGGAGUGUGUGACAGUGUCAGAGUACACAAGAAAUCACCUGCUGCAUAAACUCCACGCUAGCCCAGAAAUGAGCUGGCAGGAAUCAUAACCGUGAUUUUAAGUGCAGGUUUUGAGUUGUACUUUAGAGGUUAUUUCUUUUUCUGCAUUUUGGAAAGAGACUUUUCACAAUUGCUUUGAAGUUCAGUUAUUUCAGUUAAAACGUUAUCUCUUUACUGACCAUAAAGCAAAGAUAGCUGGAUAGCAACUGAUAGUAGCAUACUUUAAAGAAUUCCAGAUAUUUUUAAAAGGAAAUGAUAGCUAACUCUUGCCUUUUUGGAAAGUCAGGCUGUCCUGAUAUUAGGUUCCCUGGACUACAGAGGUCCAUUGUUUUUUUUUCAGAACUAAAUGGUUAUAGGUUGGAAGUCUGAAUACAAACUGACCUAUUAAAAAACCCUAAAUCUUUCAUCUCAUUUCCCUGUUUCCUCUAGUCUUUGUCAUUUUUAUCAGUGAUCCAGUACACAUCCACCAUACUGCCUUGGAUGGGCCUCCCAAGAAACUGUCUCUUCAAGGGAAAGCUUAUUUAACACCUUAAAGAACUCUAUUCUCCAUCUUAUUGCAAAGAUUUGUGCUUCAGCUUAUAUCCUUCCAUUCUUCAGCAGUUACCUUAUAUAUUAUUAGCUAUAUAUAAGGUACUGUUUGAUAAUUUAAAAAUACCAUUAUCCUAAUAUUCAUAUAUACUACAUCAGUACUUAAAGAUAGACAGUUUACAAUUUACUUCUGUUGAGUGUCCUGUAUCAACUCACUUGCAACUAAUUUCAUUUCAGUUAGAACUUCAGGACAUUUACUAGUCUCACAAAAUUUUGAAUCACAGAUGACUUUCUUCUAGACUAACAAGAAAAGCUGGUAACCAGCAAAGAAGACACAAAAGCUAAAAUCACUAUGUGGAGCUGUGAAGCCUUAAUCAACAGUACCGAGAACAGUGAGGACCAGCACCUCUGCCAUGACUUCGACCUUGUACUGUCCAUCUUUUCCCUACUCUACCUCAUUAUAUGUUUCCCAAUUGGCCUUUGUUACAAUGGCUUGCUGGUCCUAGUUAACCUCUACAACAAAGCUACCAUGACUAUGCCAGAUGUUUACUUUGUCAACAUUGCCAUCGCUGGCCUCAUCAUCAACGCUCUGGCACCAAUGUACCUUCUAGGUCUUGCCAACACAAAAUGGGCCAUCUGGAAUUCCAACAACGAAGUUUAUAUCACCUUUCUUAUUUUAUUCAACGUCUCGUCCUUGGUUACAAUGUACUCUACGACACUGCUCAGUCUGGACUACUACAUCGAACGCGCUCUACCCAGAACUUACAUGUCGAGUGUGUACAACACCAAACACGUCUGUGGGUUCAUCUGGGGCGGUGCCAUGCUUACGAGCUUCUCAUCUCUCCUGUUCUACGUCUGCAACCACGUGUCCACUAAAAUAAUCGAGUGCUCCAAGAUGCAGAACCAAGAGGCAGCGGAUGCCAUCAUGGUGUUCAUCGGGUACGUCGUCCCGGCCGUCGCUGUGCUCUACGCACUCACGUUAAUCCUGCGAAUACGCAAAGAGGCCACGCCACUGGAUCAAGACACUGGGCGGUUGGAUCCGUCAGUGCAUCGGCUUUUGAUUGCCACAGUCUGCACACAGUUCGCGCUGUGGACACCCUAUUAUGUUAUUCUCUUGGUAAGCACAUUUACUAACCUGCAAGGAAGAAUUGCAGAUAUAAAUUACAUUCGAAUAUUGGACUUUACCACGAUUUUGUCAAAAUUCUUGGCUUUCUCAAGCAGCUUUGUGAUGCCUCUGCUCUACAGAUAUAUUAACAAAAACUUUCCCAACAAAUUGCGACGUUUGCUCAAAAAGAUACACUGUGGGAAUCAAGGGUGUUCUCACGAGCGCACAGUAGUACAGCAAGUCAUGACAUAGGUUUGACAAACUCCCCUGGUGCUCUGUUACUGCAGUACUUGGUGUUCUUGGGACUGUGAUACUGCUGUGUUGGCACUCAGAGACAUUAAAGCAUCCCAACCAAGAGGCUGGAAGGAGCUUCCACUGCAGCUGAAUGCAACAGUCUUAAUUUUCACAUAGUUGUUUGCUGAAGUCGCGUGAGGCUCUGGCCAAUGUGCUGCAAUACCUGUGACAGCUGAUACCUUCAGUGCACUGAACUGGUUACAAACUCUGUCUUCAUGUCUCUAAUCUUCCUGUCUGAAGAAAUCACUAAGCAGUUUAUUGAAGUCUUGACUGAAGACACAGCACCUUGUAUGUUGUAUAGAAAAAGGUAUUACCUUAUUUUCUGUACAAAGAAGUGAUAGUGCUAUCCUUGAUGAAGUAAAUAGCGUUUUUCAAUGAAGAUUAUAUAGAUGAUCUUUACUGAAGAUCAUAUGAUCCAAUUAUACAUGCCCAAAUAGUAAAUGUUAAUUAUAAAUUAAAUUAUUUAAUUUCUUUCUCCAUCACUGAAUCCCCUCUAAAAGAAGCCUAAUUUACCAUUUUCAGAAAUAAUUUUCUCACACCAACUAACCUGUUUUAAAGUUUAUGGUAAAGUGACUUUUUUUUCCUAGCUAUAACAAUUAACAAAAACGUGUUUUAAUUUUCCAGUGCUUUGUUUGCAUCCUAAAACAUUUCAAGAAUCCAGAAAUAUUUAUUGACUAAUUCUAAGGGAACCUAAAGAUGUUUGUUCCGCAUAUGAAAAUGAAGGACAUGGUGGUUUACAAAGUUAAAUCAGAAUUUAACUAGUAAAGAUUGUCUGGCUAAGUGUUAUGGUCCACAUAUGUUCAUGUAAUGAGAGUAAUUAUCUUAAAAAAUAAAUAUGUUUAUGAUUAACAUUUUGUAUUUUCAAGGGAUAUGUUUGCAACAAAUAAAUUAAACUCUCUUUAAUCUAGGGCAUCACUGAAGGUUUGGAAAUCAUAUAAAAUUCCUCAAUAUAUGCAAGGUUUUAAAAUGGGAGUAAUAUCUAGGAAUCCCAGUCAGCAUCAGCCUUUGCUGACCUCUCAGAAAUGGAGUGCCUCCCAAUGGGAUUCUUGGAUACACAGUAAAGUCAAGUCUAGUUUCUGUAUUUCACAGUAAGGAUGAAGAAAUCCAGCCCAGAUCACCAGAUUUUACUGGUUUGAUGAAAUAUGUAAGAACCACAAACAUGCUGCAGGAAGCACAUAAAUAACUACCCACAACAACAAACUACAAAGCACUGACUCGAGAACUACCUGUUCCCGUGCUGCUAUUGCAUUAUUAAUGACACAGGGGGUACAAGUGAAACUGAUAUUCUCCCACUGGUUUAGGGGCCAUGAGACAUCUUUCUUACUCUCCCUGCAACACCACAGCAUUGUUUUGUUGCUUAACUCGUCACAACACAAUUCAAGUUCCACAUGACUCUAUUCAAAAAAUGUGGCUUUUCAAGCUUCAGGUAUCAUAAAAACAUGGAGCAAAACCAGAACUGAAUCUUUUCCAUUGCUUAGAGCACAAUCUCAUCUGAUAGCUGGUCCUAUUUGUCAGCAGAGGCACAUGCUUAAGUUCUAAGGGGAAAGCAGGUGAGGAACAGACUUUUCAUACCUUUUCCCUUCAACAUAACUCAGUUCCUUCUCAUAGUCAUCUUCCUCAUAUACAAGCACCUUUAAGUUAUCAGCAUUUUGGUGGAAGACCCUCCAUUAGUCUGUUUUUUAAUAACUUUUCAUAGUUUAGUGAAAUCUUUUUAUCUCUUAAAGCCUAUACAGUAAAUAAUCUUACUUCUAUGGUGUUUUCUCCACACAAAAACUAUCCAGCACAACUACACCAGUUUACUUCAUAGUUUUAGCCCACUGAUGAAAACCAUGUUAAGGAAUGAAGCUGCUCUUAAUCAGUGUCCAACUCACACACUCAUUUAUAGUGCCUCUAUGCUGAUACAAUACUGGCUGCUUGGGUUGAUUUUUUUCCCCUCUUGAGAGGUUUUCUAUGAAUUUCUGCACAUCUUGAUCAUUCAAAUUCACUUUCACACAGAAGUGCUUAAGAAAAAAAUCUUUCCUUACAGCUGUCAAGCAAAGAGACUCCUCCUUCCCAUCUGAGGAAAUUUAGGUUUCCUAAUGCACCACAUUAAAUCGCUCACGUAAAAUCUGUUAAAGAAAUUCUGUCCCAUUAUGCAGGAGGAGUUCCAGCAGGGAGGAACUGCCUUAUCUGGUGUGAAUAGAGGCGUUCACAACUGGGACACUGACAGAACAGUGCAGCUGAACAGGCAGCAUGAAGUGCAAUUUUAACUUCCGUGUUGCUUCCUUACUUCCAUUUCCUCCUUCUCUCAAGACAUCUUUCUUUCUGUCUCCAACAGGACUGUUGCCUUUAUUUCUGUUCCCUUCUCUCUGUGUUAAAUUCCCAGUUUCAGAUCAUGGUUGUUUUAUCAUUUCUCUUUACCUUUUUCACUUCUCUGCUACAUUUAUUUAACUUUCAUUUCUCUCCUGUUCCCAUCCAUGCUUGGUCUUGUAUACCUGGUACCAUUCUACACUUAAAAGUUUACUUCAUGUGACUCCUUUAUGAUGACCCAAAUAUUAUUCAAUUAUUUAAAUGGAAGCUGCUGCUUAAGAGUUGGAGAAAGACAGGGCUUUAUGUAAUUUAUGCUUGAAAUAUCCAAUAUUAUUUUUUCCUAAUUUUUUUGUAUUGCAACAGAGCUACAUAUGUUUGCAUUUAUCCUUGAGAAAUACUAAAUGUGAUGGCAAUCAUAGAUACAAACAACUUUGAUAAUUUAAUGAACAAGACUGGUAUCCACUCAACCUCUUUUAAGAGAUAAUUUGAUGUAUUAGUUGCCUCAAAGCAACUGUGCCAUGGAUCUGCCUGGCUGCUGUUCUCUUAAGGAAAUUCUGGACUUAAUCGCAGCACCCUCACACGGUAUCUCUCAAAAAAGCAGUAUCCCCAAAAGGGAAAACUUUGCAAUAUUUAUAUAAAGAACAGUAGAGGAGCAAGUGCAGUAAAAUACUUAAGGAAACACAUGGUAUCUUAAACUAGGGAGAACUUUAAUGGACAAGUCACAAAGUUCUCAAGAAUGGGGCCUUUCCAUUUCAAAUACCUGAAGGUUUCUGAUGACUGUAAAUAGGGGCUUAUCUAUUUCACAUUUAAAUAAAUAUGAAUAAAAUACUGUAUAUAUGCAAGAUAGAAAUCAGCCUACUGAUGUAAAAAGAAUUUGCAAAGAGUUUAUUAAAUUAUUUCUUAAAGUGUAUCAUUUAAAUGUAAACCUCUGAACAGGAAGGUGUACUGUAUGCUUCUAUAUGUAUAUAUUGUGUACUAGAAAGUAAGCACUAGUUAAGUGCCACUAUUAACAGUGUUAUUUUCUCACAGAAUUAAACUUAAUAUUUGAGUUCAUCUAUGGCUUAUAGCCUUCUUGCUGAACAGCUAAUUAAGUCAAAUCAAUGAACUAACAAAAAUGUCGUGCUCUGCUUCUGUUUGAGUUAUUAACACAGCUAACUCAAGACAGGUCCUUGUUGACUAACUUAGAGAAGGUCCUAGUUUCAAAAGUUUACAUUUCAGAAUCAAAUUGUGUUGGUCUCUGAAGAUGUAAAUUCAGUUAAUGAAAGAAACUGAUCAGCCACUACAACAUUUCUGGUUCUAUUACAAUGAAGAGCUGUGGCCUCCAUUAUCAUGUCAAAAUACUACAGAAAUGGACUUACUGGAAAGCUUCAUAAAGGAACUAUUGGCUCAUAAUACAUGCUCAAUAAAAAGUGUUUUAAGUGUA